GUGAUAUUGAUUUCUGUUAUGUAUUGAUUUUCUUUUAAUGGCGAUAAAAACGCAGUGAUUGCAUACUCUUUGAUGGCUAAGUAAAACGUAAAAGUAACUAAAGUCUCUAAAAAAUAUCAGCCUGUUGUAAAAUAUCAAAAUGAAUCGAGAUAAAAAUAAAAAAGUGGAGGUGAUGGCAGAGCUGGAGUCACAGUUUAUACUGCGUUUACCAGAAGAACCUUCAAAAGCUUUAAGAGAAUUGCUUAAAACUGGUGAUAACAUUAAAAAUCGCCUCACCAUCCAAAUUGAAAACGAUAUGAGACAUGGUGAGGUACGAUUCGACCACUGGCUCAUGCACGCCAAGAUUUUUGAUUUACCAACCAUAACCGAAUCUCUUAAAACAAUAGAUAACAAAAGCUUUUACAAAACGGCGGACAUAUGUCAGAUGAUGAUAUGCAAAGAAGAAGCUGAUCAAACUCCAUCGGAAGAAGAGUCACCUACUAAAAAUAAAAAGAAGGACCCAUACAAGGUUGAUAAAAAGUUUCUGUGGCCACAUGGGAUUACCCCACCAACUAAAAAUGUGAGAAAGAGAAGAUUCAGGAAGACUUUAAAGAAAAAGUAUGUUGAAGCACCUGAAAUUGAAAAGGAAGUUAAAAGAUUAUUACGUACCGAUAAUGAAGCUGUCAGUGUAACCUGGGAGGUAAUUAAAGAGGAUGAUGAACAACUUCUGAAACAAGAAACAGUGACACCAGCACCAACCCAAAAGCCAGAGAAAAAGACUAAAGCUAUGAAAAAAGCGGAGAAACAAGCUGCUGCUGCUGCAGCCGCUGCUGCUGCUACAGCUGCAGCUUCAGCUGCUGCGGCAGCAGCAGCUGCUGCAGUGGCAGUCAAAACUACGCCAGUUACAUCAACUAUAACAUCAGCAGUUUCAUCAACAACUACAUCAGCCACACCAAAUGAAGCAGCAACAACAACAGCAGAUAUUUCAAAUACUGAAUCUUCCAAUGUUGUAGAUAUAUUUGGUGGAGCUCUCAGUGACAGUGAUAUUGAAGAUGGUAAUAUCAAUGUUGAAUUGGAAGAUAGUCAUCUAACUGCAUUUGACAGCCGACUAUCCGAUAACUGCUCAAUGCCUGGACUUGGUGAUAUUCAUAAGAGGGACAACUAUCCUAUUGAAUUUGAGUCACAAAUGUUCCAAUCCUCACACAGUGGUCAUGGAAAAAAGAAGUCAAACAAAAGUCGCACAUCUACACCAGCAACAUCAACAAUAACUAGAAGUGGUGGACUGUCUUCGGAAGAGGAUGGAGACUAUCACUCCCGAGAUAUGUCUAAAGAUAAUAUGACCUUUAGAAUUGAACAAUUAAGGACCGAGUUAGAAGAGUUGAAGCAGCGUAGACAGCGAACCCAACAUGAAAUUGCAGGCAUGGAGAACUUAGCCUUGAGGCAACGUUUUCAAGAUAUAUUACACACCUUGAAUCAAGAUGUAAUGUAUAAAGAGAUGGAAUAUCAAGGCCUUAUAACAUUGCAGAAUUCUGAAGAUAUAUGAGGAACAUAUUUUAUCUAAAUUUAAAGAGUACACUGUUUUUACUCUUUCAAUUUGGAUAAAAUACUCUUUGAACAUUUUUAAUAUUUUUGGGUUUAUGAUUUUUUAUUAUUUUGAUAAAUUAUUUUUGAGAAGUGGAGAAUCUUUUAAGGAAUAGAUAUUUCUGAAUAACAAAUUAAAGAAAAAGACUUAAUCUUAUACUUUUACUAUUGUAAUUUUACUGCUUUUAAAUUUAAGUAAUGUAUUAUUAAAUAACAUAUCUGAAUGAUUUGAAAGUAUAUAUAUGUACUUGUCUGUACACAAUAUAGUUAGGUUAGGUUAGAUACAAGAUGUAACAAUUUAUUAAAAUUGUUGCACCGAAGCAACUUCUGUUCUAUAAUUGAUUUAAUUUUAAAUAUUGGUUUAUAACAAUUUCAUAUAAUUGUAAUUUUAUUUAUUAUAUUUUUAACUUGAUAUACUAAAAUAUGAACUUUCAAUAUUAUAUUAUGUAAUAUGUAUGUAUACAAAUACAUUCAAUCAAUAAAUGGAUAGUUUUUAAAUCAUGUAAUUGUACAGAAUUGCAUUAAGUAUUUUAUAUAAAAUAGGUUUAUUAUAAAUAAAUCAUUCUUUUAAAAAUAAUUGAUAAGCUUUUAAGCACUUUAAGGUAUAGUUAUUUUAUAUAAUUUUACUGAAAAAUAUUUUAUUUUAUUUUAAAUGAAGUGUAUAUUUUAAAUUGGAAUAUUUAUGGAUAUUUUUUUCUUUAUUUUUUUUUAUUCAUAGUAAUAUUAAUGAUUAAUCUUAAUGUAAUGUAUUGUAGAUGCAUUUAAUAUUUGUAUUCUAUUUGUGUUUACGCACACUUUUACUUAUAUCAUUAAAUAUUAUCAUCGUUAUUUCAGUCGGAAGAUGUUUAAUGCUGGACAUAAUCUUCCUCCAAAGAACUCCACAACAGUUGGUCUUGCGCUACUCACAUCCAAUACCUUCCAGUGGCAUUGGCAAAUCGAAGGUCAGUGAUGUACUCGUCAUUGAUAUUGAUGCUAAAUCUUUUCCAGUCUAGAAACUUGAAGACAUCCUUAAAAGCAGUGGUGAACAGUUUCGGAGAUAUAACGUCUCUCUGUCUUAUGCCUCGCUUGAGUUGAAUUGCUUUCGAGUUCAGAUCUUGGAGUCGGAUCGGUGACGUUCUCAUACAGACACUUUGGUUUAGAGUGGCUGGAAGUCGUCAAACUUGCGCUUGAGACGAUUCGUAAUAACUCUCAAAAACAACUUGUAAACAUGGCUCAGAAGUGAGAUGGGUCUGUAAUUUUUCAAAAAGAUAAUGUUGCACUUUUUGAAGACGAGCACUACUGUGCCAUGGAAAUGGCGUUGGACCAUCAAGUAUGAGUUAAAUAACUUAACCCGCCUUCAGAAGCUCAGCUUUCACUCCAUCUUCACCAGGUACCUUGGUGUUUUUGAGUUGUUUGAGAGCUAUUUUAAUCUAAUGGAUAAAUGUAAUCCGGGAUACCUUCAGUAUAAAGCUGGGUUAGUUACUUGCUCUGGGAUCUAAAAUACUGACAAGUGACUGCGUAGACGUGUACGUGUAUCCAUAGAAAUUCUCGUCCUCUCCUAACAACUCGGGUUUAGACGUGACGAUUCUGCCAUAAUCAGUCUUCAGCUUCAUAAGUUGGCUCUGCCCAAUAGACAUAUUUCUUGCAAACACUUUGGAGCCAUUGUUCCGCUCGAUGCCUUCUUUAAUACGACUUAUAUUUAAUUGGCGUGUGUCUCGAGUCAAAAAAUUCGAGAUCUGUCUAUUGAGCCGCCGGUAUCAUCAUGGUAGCAUCAUCUGUAGAUUUCAGAAUCAUUUUCCAUCUUUCCUGCAUGAGCCACUGGGUAGAAUCAGAGAUAUUUUUGGUUUAAUUUGUACAACGGGUCUUGAAGGACUUAGGCCCAGCUUUAUGGACAGCUUCAACAAACCUGUCAUUGUAUGCGUCGGGUUUCCCGCAUUCUGCUCGGAUUUCGAAUCUGUUUUGUAAUCGGGAUGAUAUGCCAUAAUCGCCACGCUUGGCAGGCGAGUUAGCGAUUGCAGUAAGGUGGUCAUAGUACUCAAAGAUACACCGCUGCUCGUUUUCCGGUAAAUAUUUCCUCGGGACGACUUUUACGCCCCCCAUGGGAUGAGAUGGGGUAGUUAUUAAAUAGCAUGGGCGUAAAUAGAGUAAUUCUAAACUUGGUAGGUAGGGUUUUAUGCAAUGUCUUGGUAGGUUCCAUCAACUCAUCUGUCUUUCAAAAAAGUACUUUGAUGUAUUUCUGCUAGUACGACAAGUGAGCCAGUCUUAUGACAGGGCCAAGUGCCAUAACAUCCUAGGUCUCAUGAUUGGCGGCCAGUUGAUAGUGUCAACUGAGCCAUUGGCACUGUUUUCUUUUCCACUGGCAACCAUUCCUUACACUGUCAAGUAAUGUUACUUAUUAGUUAUUUGUUAGUGUGAUUUAUUGCUCUUGAUAUUUUUAUAUUCAUUUUGUUAAAGCGUUAACAUUUAUAGACGAUUUACAACACCAAUUAACCUAUAGUCGUUUCAAAAAAAAAACUCAGUACUAAUAUUAGUAGUUUUAUUAAAAAAUUGCUUUAAUCUUAGCUAUAGCAUAGUACGGAAGAUAUUCUACUAUCUUCAUAAAUCGGAAGAAUCCUUUAUUUAGUAGUAUUUUAAAAACUUUCCCCCCCUAAUAACAUAUUUGUGUGUUAGUUGGUAAGUUAUAAGGUUUUAAACCUUUUGUCAUAUUUAAAUGUCUACAAAAAAGUUUAGGAAUUAAGAUUUUAAACUUUCUGUCAUAUAUAAAUGUCUACAAUAAACUGUAGAAUUUAAGAUUUUAAACUUUUUGUCAUAUAUAAAUGUAUAUCAUAUACUGUAGAAAUUAAGAUUUUAUCAUUAAUCAGUGUCUAUGUUAACAGUGGCGGAUUUACACCAUUUUAAAGUAAAGGCUAAGCCUAUUUUAUUCACUACUUAACGUGCAGUGAAAGAGGGAAAAAAAAACAAUAUCUGAAUGUCUUGGUCUUUGUGCUGCUAUAGAGAUAAAUGAAAAAAAAAAGGUUUCUAAAUUUAUUCUUGACCGUCCCCAAAUCUACUCAGCCUGGUUAAUCCACCACUGAUGGUAAAUUAAUUAUUAUAGGAUAAAUUUUCCUAAUAAUGUAGUAUGUGAUAAAUAUCUGUUUAUCUUUUUCUAAUGUUUUAUGUAAUUCUAAUAUAAAUUUUAUCUAGAUACCUAUACAUUUUUAAUUUUAUGAAUUUUAUUGAUUUAGUACCUACAGAUUUAUUUUUAUUGUUAGUGUAUAAGAUUACAUUGUAAUAAAAAAAUAAAGUAUUAGAUGAAA